AAAUGUUCGCACGCACCGAAGCGCCGUGGAAGCAUUGGAAGAAGAAGAACAAGAAAAGGGGGGAGAAAAAGAGGCAGUGAACGCUUGAAUAAUUUUUUUCAAAAGACGUUCUUGUGACUUAUCGCCGGACCCUGAACGCAACAGUUUGCUGCGGUGGAUUCAGUGUUUGUUGGCUUUUUAGAAAUCAGCAUUUGUACGCAAAACGCACUGUAUGGAGGUCGGGAGCAAUGACGCGCUGCCACAUCCGAGAGUGACGUCACAAGAGCGUUUCUUCUGGUUGUCUUUUUCGAACUUGGACUAACAAGCCGCACGGAGUCGUCAAAAGUGGACUUUCGUUGCCAGGCUGCUGGAGGAAGUGAUAGAAAGUGUGAAGGCUAGUGAAGGAAGUGUCUGGUCUGCAGCAUGCAUGAGAAAUAUUUCAACGUGUGGACGCAAGAUGGAGGAUGUGAUUUUAAAGUCCAGACUGCAUCUUCUGAUGAUCCUCUCUGCCUAAUGGAUCAGUGACCCUGGCAGUUCUUCUUGUAAAUGGUUAAGUAUGACUGCCGCAGCAGGUGUGCUAACAGGCUUGGCAAAGCUAAAGCGCCAAGACUCCGCCCGCUCUCAGCAAAGGCCAAUACCGCCUACAUCAGCAGGCCUCAACCAUGCCGCCUCGGAAGGUGUUCCAAGUUGCACCUGUGUCUUGCCCUGGUUUCCUCCAAUCAGCUCUCUCCUUCCUCUUGUGUCCAAUCCAGGAAACGUAAGCGACGUGCAGAUGUUGUGAUAGUGCGCGGCAGGCUGCGCCUCUACUCUGCGUCAGGGUUCUUCCUCCUCUUGGGCCUGGUCAUCAUGACCAUAGGGAUUGGGAUGGCCACACUGGGCUACUGGCCACAAAGCGAAAGAUCAUCUACAGGUCAAAUCCCGCCUGGCAGGGGAGCCAAAGGGUCCAUCAGGGGAGAUGUGAGCGGCGCCAGGAGGGCUGCUGUGGCAGAUGACGCCGCGGGGAACUCCAGUGCAAAUCAAAAUGUGGAAGGUUCAACUUCCACGCAGCCAGGGGGCCCUCUAACUCGGUUCCUGGAGCAGCAUCGUCGCUCUGAGAGGAUGAAGAUGUUCGGGCCCUUCACGAUGGGGAUUGGGAUUUUUAUCUUUAUCUGUGCAAAUGCUAUUCUCCAUGAAAACAGAGACAGAGAGACAAAGAUCAUCCACAUGCGAGACAUGUACUCCACCGUCAUCGACAUCCAUCGGUUGCGACAGAAGGAGCACAAAAAGCACGUCCAGAACAACACCACCUAUGCAAGAGAAGAUCUCAGAGCCUUUAGCGCCGAGUACAACCCUCUACUUGGCUUUUCGUCUUGGGUCGGAGCUGGAGGCGGCUGCGCGGAGGAGGAAGUGCUACUGGGGAACGAGGAGGAUGACCGGCAGAAAGAGCAGAUUCAAUUGGACUGUAGCUUUGCGGGAUUGUUGGCGCCACUUUACAAAGAUCGGGUCUUUUUGGCUCACUCAGAUUCUGUACGCCCCCAGUGGCCAAUGGACGCAGACAGCGAGAGAGGUGGACACCACGCACGCUCCAUUGUGUCCUCCUCCAUCUCUGCAUUUACGCUUCCUGUUAUUAAACUCAACAAUUGUGUCAUCGAUGAGCCAGAGAUGGAGGCCAUUACCGAGGAGGAGCGAGGAGGACUCAGGAGAGACGACGAGAAGUCCCAACCUCUCAACGCCAUGGAGUCUCUGGUGGUUCCAGUGGCGUCUGUUGCUAAGGCCUCCAAACCACCAGGCUUGCACCGGAGUAAUUCUGCAUCCUCUUCUUCGUCCUCCUCCCCCCACUCGUUAUUGUCCUCCUCCUCUCUGUCGCCAGCGCCGUCCUCUACCUCGGGCUGCUGGCUGUCCCCCGGAGCAGCCAGGGCCGACUUUGGCUCCAACUCCUCCCUGCACAUGCUCAGCAGCCAUUCCAAGUCUCUGGACCUAGAGCGCAGGCACAGCAUGCUUAGUGUGCACCGGGAGCAGCGCAAGCACCCCAGCUGGCCCCGCCUGGACCGCAGCAACAGCAGCCGAAGCAUUGGCAGCGGCGGCCGGGCCAGCACCAAGGGCUACACCCGCCUGGAGGACAGGGAGGACCAUGUGAAGCGCUGCCUUGACGAGGCGUUACCGGCCACAACCAGGCGAGACUACAGCAAGCGGGAGAAGCUGCUCAUGAUAUCGAGGUCACACAACAAUCUGAGCUUCGAGCACGGCGAGUCGAGCGGUGGCGGAAUGAUAAAGAGGGGCAGCUCUGAGACCCGGUUCUGAGGGGUUCAAAGAACUUGUUUCUGUGCUUGUUUGUAAAGUGAAACUUUUCCAAAAGAUGCAGUGCGCAGAUAAGCAAAGAUGCUUGAAAGAACUGGAGAAAAGCAAGUAAUAAUUUUGACAAGAUCCCAAGGUUUUUGGGUCAACGUGGUUCCGCUACAAAAGGAUAUGAAACUAGCUUUUUCUGCUCAAGUGUUAUGAAAUAAAAUGUGGCAAGCUGUCAUCCCAGCAAGGUCAGAAUAAUGUUAUUUUUAGCGAGGACUCAUCACAAGCUGACAAAUGAACAAGAGAAAAACCAGCACUCCUCCAACGCCGGGCUACCUCAGGCCAUGUUCACACAGACACUUUUCAUAAGGUACCAAAAUAUCUCCAUACAAACGUGUGCAUUAUCAAAUAUUAUCACUGUCCCCACACAAAUGCAUACAGGGGACUGUAAGGCAAUGUCAGCCAAUCAGAAGCGUCAAGGACAUUAUUUCCAGAUGUGGCACGAUAUCGAACAUGGCAGGUCGUGGCAGGAGAAACGUGUUGUUAUCAAUGUAAAGCAAAAGGAGCAGAAUAUUUACAUCUAAUAUUUAUGUAUUUUCAGUAAAUUAUAGUCAGCAAUGUUUGCCAUUGAACUUUUUAAAGGUGAAAAUGAUGGCGCACACUUGUGAUGUCAUCAGACCAUGGACAAGUCCUAACUCUUCGUUUAAACUGUCAACACACACACGCUGAAGACAAAGUUUUAAGUUCACCCUAGUGUGUGUUUUUAAGGACACACGUAUGUGUUCGCGUUUGGACACUAGUGAAAAUGCUAAGAAACGUAUGAGUUUUUAAAUAUUUGGAUAUGGCCUUCGUUUGGAUCGGCACCAAAUUGUACACUGAAACAUACUCGCCUCCUGCAUACGCCUGAAGUGUUCAAUCAAGGGUGUACUCACACUCGGCCUGAGCCCACUUCUUAUCUAAAGUCAUGUUUGGCUCUGAUCUGUGGUCUAGUUUCACACAUUUCUUUUCUUUGUCCCGGUUCGAAGAAGUAGGCCACGUGUGGUAAAAUGGCAAAUAACUGCACUUCGACGAAGCUGGCGAUUGCAAAAUGUGAACAUGAACAGAUAAAGACACGAAAGAGCAUUUACAGUAUUAUUCAGCUUUCAUAUUGUUUGUGUUUGGUGGUCUCAUUUUGUGGCAUUGUUUAAAAGUUAAUUGUUGGAUCUUCUAUCAUUAGCACGGCACGGUUGCAUGCACACACACAAGGUAGCCAAGUCAUAGAAAGACUAAUGAGAUUGCUCCUCGCAAGUUUGUUAUGAUAACUAACACUUUUUAUCACAGAAAUAACAUGAAUGACUGAAAAUAAUAAAACCAACGGCACACUGGUUCACACGGCUAAUUAAAGUGGUCAUAUAAUGAUUUUGUUCUAAUAUAAAACACUUCCUUGUGGUCUACAUAACAUGUAAUGGUGGUUCUUUGGUCAAAAUGUUGCAUAGGUUUUCAAGCUGGUUUCUGAUCGUCUCUUCAGGAUGCCCUGUUUUGUAGGUAGUCUUAUUUACGUGCCUCCACUGCGACUGCGUCUUCUCCCCUUCAGCCAUGUUGUAGUUCUUAGCUUCUCCAUAUGGAGUCUACUGACCGAUAUAAGUUAGAACUAAACACUAAUUUGUAUAAGAAAUGGCAACAGCGGAGGAUGCAUGUGCAUGUACGAGCCAGUCUGCAUCACAACAAGAGGAUGGCGAAAAAGCUGGAGCUUACUGACUACAAUUUCGGAGUUGUGCAAAGCUCUUUGGGUAAACCUCUACCAUGUAUGGCGAUAUCCACUGAUGUCACCAUUUGGAAAAAUGUCACAACUGGUUCGUUUGGAGGAAGCAUGAGGGAAGGCAGGAUUGUUUUAUAAUUAUUUCUGUCAUGCAUCCAUGUUUUGAUUUCAAAUUUUCGGAAAUAAUACAGAUCCCAAAUACACAAAAACAGGAACCAAUAGGUAAGGAAAGAUGGUUUUGCAUAAUAGGUCCCCUUUAAGAGUGAAAUAGGUGUAUAAAUAUGUGUGCAUCGUUUGUAUGACUCAUAGAUUGUCCGUUUAGGUGCAACCGUGUGUUUGCAAAAAGUGCUUUUUCUCUUCUGUUCCAUCCAACGUGUUUUGUCAGCUCCAAUUCUGAAUGUCUUCAAUUUAACGACAAACAAGAACACUUUAACAGUUUCCAUGUUGUCCCCCAUCAAAACCACAAAAAGUACAAGGAGCUCAAUGAACUGAAGUAGAUGUAUUUAAUAAACAUUUUUUUAUUGAAAGAUUCUUCACUGCAUGAAAACUAAAUACGAUACUAAUAAUUCGCAGUACUUCCACCAACUACUUCCAUGAAUUCUACGUAAGAACAAAGGACUGAAUGAGUAAUCCUUAAUCAGCUGUGUGCGUGUGUGUGUGUGCACGCGUGCGCCUCUAAAUACUGAACACAAACACAACAAAGCAAAAAAUUUGUGCACACAAUUCACAAGCAGGCAUGACAUUGUUGUCGUCUGGUGUAACCGUGGAAACACAAUAAUUUUAUUCACUGACAGUGUAACAGGGGUUAGGGCGUGUGCCUCACAAUAAAAUCCCCGGGCACUGGGUCUUUCUGUGUGGGGUUUGCAUGUUCUACCUGUGACUGCGUUUGUUACCCCCGUCACGUACUCCGGCUUCUCCCACCUCCAAAGACAUGCACCUGGGGAUAGGUUGAUUGGCAACACUAAAUUGGCCCUAGUGUGUGAAUGUGAGUGUGAAUGUUGUCUGUCUAUCUGUGUUGGCCCUGCAGUGAGGUAGUGACUUGUCCAGGGUCUACCCUGCCUUUCGCUCAAGUGCAGCUGGGAUAGGCUCCAGCGACCCAGAGAGGGACAAGUAGUAGAAGAUGGAUGAAAGGAUGAACGCUACUACUACUGCUACAUUAAAGGCAUACAAAUGUGAGAGCUCACAGUUGAGAUUGAACUUGGUAGUCCCUUCCUGUAACCACGUGCUGGUUGCUACACACAUCAAUAGAACACAGAUGGCCGAGUAACAGAGUAGUCCAAGAGGAACACAGCGUGCAAAAUAGGGUGUUCCUUUUAUAAAGAGGAUCUUUGCCAAGCACCUGUCCCUUAAAGCAGAGGUUUCUAACUUUUUUUAACUCUGGGCCUGAAUUGUACACUACAGAGGAGCCCAGGACCCACCUAAAUAUCAACAUUGACAUUUAGGUGAUUUCCUACUUACAGUUUAACAGGAUACACCUCGUCAAAUGGUAUGAAACCAUUUGUUAAUCACAAAGAUUAUUAUUAAGGCCUAGGUCAGGCUGAUUUGAAAAAUACAUACUAAUCAAAUAUACUGCAUAAGAAAGGAUGAAAAAAACUGAUGAAAAAUACAUUUACAUACAAUUAUGUUGUGCUAUAAAAAUAAACAAAAAUAAAGGUGCCAUAUGUAGUAACGUGGCCAGAAAUGGUACUGCAAUCAGGGUAAAAAUUUUGUAGUCCCCUCCCACUCUCCAUGACUGAGGUUGCCAGAUUCGCAGCCGAAUCCGAAUCGUACUCCAAGGAAAUUUAAAUGGCAAUCGACGAGUCCUACGCUGUAGGUUUCUCUUGUUUACACUUCUUGCAAGAUGGUUUACUAAGUAAUUAUGCCACAUUUUAAUGUCCAUUAGCCAAAUAUAUUUGUAAAGUUACGCAGCAAUAUUUUCGUCGGGAGUCGGAACAGAUUGUUGGCAUUACGCCGUGGCGAAGUUGGUAGAGUGGCCGUGCCAGCAAUCGGACGGUUGCUGGUUACUGGGGUUCAAUCCCCACCUUCUACCAUCCUAGUCACGUCCGUUGUGUCCUUGGGCAAGAC